AUGGCUCGUUUCGAUCCAGAACCUAUCCUCUUUUAUGGACUGAACGACAAAGUGGUUGUCCUGACCGGAGGUGCUCAUGGCAUCGGUGCAGCGACCGUAUCACUCCUGUACGAAAACGGAGCACAUGUGGUCUUUGGAGAUCGAGAUGGAAGUGCCGCAAAUGUCAUUGAAGAGAGGUAUCGGGACCGAGUACACUUCGUGCAUACAAAUGUAUCGAAUUACUCGUCGGUGUUGAAUCUCUUCAAGGUGGCUUAUAGCAAACAUGGACGGAUUGACCAUGCAUUUGCCAUUGCGGGGAUCUCGGAGCAGACGAAUUGGUUUCACCCUGGCUUGAAUCUGGAGAGUAUUGAGACAAUCCCAGAACCAUCAACCCUCAACGUCGACCUCCUCGGCACCAUCUAUUUUGCGCGAAUCGCGGCAGUCUACCUCCGUCAGGGCGUUUCGUCUGAGGAAGACUCAGCCGACAAAUCCCUCAUCCUCGUCAGCUCGAUUGCCGGCUUCACCGAGUCCCCCGGCAUGCCGCUUUAUUGCGCUGCUAAGCACGGCGUGCUCGGGCUCAUGCGCGCCCUCAGACCAUCCCUACCCGCCUCCCAUGGAAUCAGUGUCAGUGCUGUCUGUCCGUGGAUGUCUGCAACCGGGAUGGUGGAUGACAUUCAAGACGCGUGGCAAAGAGCCGGUCUGCCGAUGAAUCAGCCAUCCGAGGUGGCGCAGAUCAUUGUGGGACUGGCUGCUGUUGGUGAAGAGGGAAACGGAAAGACGAUCUAUGUAGAAGGUGGACGAGGGUGGGAUAUUGAGGCCGGGUUGGACGAUACGCGAGAAAUCUGGAUGGGGAAGAGUCAGAGUCAGAGCUGGCUGGAAGGACAGAAGUUGUUGAUGGCGCAUCCGGGAUCCGCGGCGUAUUGGGCUUCCAAGGCAACUGAGUAG